AUGGUGGACCUUUGUAAUAACUGUUUGAACCCUUUAAAAGAACGGGUUUUUCGCUGUGAUUCACUACAGGUGGAAGCAUCAGAGGCCCCAGAAGCACCAAAGGCCCCAGAGGUCCCAAAGGUGGAGACAGUGCACGAAAAAGCCAAGAAGGCAGCAGAAGACCUCGCCAAGAAGCUGGCUGAGGAGAAGGAGAAGCCCGCGACCAAAGAGGUGAGUGCCCGACGCCUCGAGGCAGAGCACAUCAUGGUCUAG